CAGGGAGUGGAUACAAUUCCACCGUGAGCUCGGAAUCGCAGGAGAACGAGCUCUUCUACCGACAGUCCUUCACCAUGACUGCCGUCUACUGUGUGGCGUACGCCAUUGUCUUCUCCGUGGGCCUGAUCGGGAACAGCUUUGUCAUCGCUGUGGUCCUGCGGGCGCCGCGGAUGCGAACUGUGACUAACUACUUCAUCGUGAAUCUCGCCCUGGCUGACAUCCUCGUCAUCGUGUUCUGCCUGCCCGCCACCCUCAUGAGCAACAUCUUCGUCCCCUGGAUGUUGGGAUGGCUGAUGUGCAAAACCGUGCCCUACGUGCAAGGCGUCUCCGUGGCGGCGUCCGUAUACAGCUUAAUCGCCGUGUCACUGGACAGAUUCCUUGCCAUUUGGUGGCCUCUCAAGCUUCAGAUCACGAAGAAGAGAGCGCGCCUCAUGAUUCUGUGCAUCUGGAUCAUUGCACUGACGGCCACGAUUCCUUGGGCGCUCUUUUUCGAGCUAGUGCCCUUUGGCACGGCGCCAAACGCUUCUAUAGAAGCGAAAGAUAUCCAGCUGUGCCUGGAAGUGUGGCCACCAGGCACAGAUGGGGCGCUAUAUUUCCUUCUGGCCAACCUCAUCUCGUGCUACAUUCUGCCAAUGCUCCUCAUCUCGCUGUGCUACAUCCUGAUCUGGGUGAAGGUGUGGCGCAGGAGUAUUCCAGGUGACUCCAAGGAUGCCCAAAUGGAUCGCAUGCAGCAGAAAUCUAAGGUGAAAGUGGUCAAGAUGCUGGUGGCCGUGGUGAUUCUCUUCGUCUUGUCUUGGCUUCCGCUCUAUGUAAUAUUUGCGCGGAUAAAGUUUGGCGGGAACAUGAGUCCCAAGGAGGAGGAGAUCUACCAAGUGGCCACGCCAAUCGCUCAGUGGCUGGGCGCCUCCAACUCCUGCAUCAAUCCCAUCCUAUAUGCAUUCUUCAACAAGAAGUACCGCCGUGGUUUCGCCGCCAUCAUCAAAUCGCGCUCCUGCUGUGGCCGCCUAAGGUACUACGAAAGUGUGGCCAUUCCAUCGUCCUCCACGAGCACUCGCAAGUCGUCGCACUACCACAACAAUCAGAGCUCCACGAGGAAACCACCGUACAGCCCAACGAUCAAGAGCGACGCCGUGUCGUACAUCUGCGAGCACAAUGGUAAGAAACACAUCGCGAAGCAGGACAGCAACUUGUCGCGGCAGAUGCUGCUCAAGCAGGACAGCAAUGUGUCCAGACAGUCGCUGUUGAAGCAGGACAGCAUCGGAUCGAGGCAGAGCCUCACAAAGCAGGACACGUGCAGCACUGUGUCGCGCCAAGACAGCAACAAUUCGCGGCAGAUGCUGCUUAAGCAGGAGAGCAACGGGUCCAGGCACAUGCUCUCGAAGCAGGAUUCGCAAAUCUCGUACAUUGACGCGAAAAAGGGACAGCUGAUGAGGCAGGACUCGGAUCUGGCCAGACGGGGUCUGUUUAAACAGGACAGCACCAUCUCCUACAUUGAGCCGCGGAAGGGCGUUCUGUGCAAGCAGGACACGCAGAUCUCCUAUCUCGAGAGCAAGAAGAACUCCUUGAGCAGCCAGGACAGCGUUGUGAGUUUUAUAGAGCACAAGCGACACCAGCUAGUGAAGCAGGAUUCCAUCAUGUCGUACGCGGACAAGCCAGGUAAUGUGAUUCAUGAGUUGCUUGUGAAACAGGACUCAGUCAUAUCGUUCGCCGAUCAGAGGCGUGGAUAUCUCACGAAGCAGGACUCUGUGAUAGCCUAUCCUGCCACCAGACACGGUGAGGGUCAUCACGUGUCCAUCCUCAAGAAGACAGACUCACAGGGUAGCUCGCCGAGUCGCAAGACAAUUGAGUUUAUCUCACAGUAGGACGA